AACAGCUGCUGUUAAACAGCUGAUUGUGUGAAAUGUCUUGGCAAACCGGGUUGAUCAAAACAAUUUUGGAUCCAUCAAAUUGGAUAAUUUCAACAGACGUUGCUGUUGUUAUUGCCGAUAAAUUCCCAAAAGCGCGCCAUCAUUAUCUUGUGCUACCCAAAGCGGAUAUCGCAAGUAUAUUUCAGCUGAAUAAAACUCACUUGCCGCUUUUGGAAGAAUUGCAUCUCUUGGCUCACAAUGUCAUAGAAAUUCGUGGCGAAAAGAUUGACAAUUUCCAAAUUGGAUUUCAUGCCGAGCCUAGCAUGCAACGUUUGCACUUACAUGUCAUCUCCAAAGAUUUCGUUUCAAGCUGCCUCAAGACAAAAAAACACUGGAACAGUUUCAACACUCCGCUCUUUUUGCCCUACGAUUCCCUUUAUACUCAGCUCAAUAGCGAAGGCACCAUCAAACGCUUAUCAAAAGUUACAAAGGAAGCGCUGCUUGCCACUCCGCUGAAAUGUAAUCAGUGUUCAUUUGUGGCAAAAAAUAUUCCAUCAUUCAAGGAGCAUUUACAAGAUCACAGUGCUUUAUAAAAAUUAGUCUUACGUACAUUCAAAAAGCCAACAAAUU